AUGUUUGUCUUUCCUGUAACUUCAACAGCAAGUAAACCCAGAGCCACACUGACAGCACAAAGUUCAAUCAUACCAGCAGGGGGCAGUGUGACACUGAGCUGCUCUGUGGAGGGCUCUGCUGGCUGGAAGUUUGACUGGUUCAGACGUGAUUCACAGUUUUCUGGAGCUCAGAAAAUAGGAGCUGGAACAUCAGAGCACACUAUCAGUAUUUCAGAAGGAGGCAUCUAUUACUGCAGAGGAGGGAGAGGAGAUCCAGUUUUCUCCACAGAGGACAGUGCUCCAGUUACAAUUCAGAAACAAGGGAAAGUUUGGGCUGCUGUGAAGCUGCAGCACAGCUGGUCUCAGAUAUUCACUGGUGAGACAAUCACUCUCAGAUGUGAGAUUCAGGGAGGUGAAGGAAAGGUGUGGAAAUAUGAAUGGACAGCACCCAACACAAACAGCCCUCCAACAUCCAGUGAAUACAGGAUCAGCAGAGUUUCAGUGUCCCACAGUGGAGACUACAGAUGUCGGGGUAGCAGUGACUAUCUCUUAACAGGAUGGAGUGAUGCCUUCAGACUGACAGUUUCAUCAAGUAAACCCAGAGCCACACUGACUGCACAAAGUUCAAUCAUACCAGCAGGGGGCAGUGUGACACUGAGCUGCUCUGUGGAGGGCUCUGAUGGCUGGAAGUUUGACUGGUUCAGACGUGAUUCAGUCUCUUCUAAAGCUCAGCUCAUGAGAGGAAAUGAAGCAAACAAAGUUAUUAGUGUCUCACAAGGAGGUCUGUACCACUGCAGAGGAGGGAGAGGAGAUCCAGUUUACUACACAGAGGACAGCAGUGACGUCACAGUUACAGAAACUCUUCCCAGUAAGCCCACUGUGACCCUGCAGCCAUUCUGGACUCAGAUAUACAGCGGUGAGACAGUCACUGUCAGAUGUGAGAUUCAGGGAGGUGAAGGAGCUCAGUGGACGUAUGAAUGGAGAGCAGCCAAGUUAAACACACCUCCAACAUCCAAUGAACACAGAAUCAUCAGAGCUACUGAGUCUGACAGUGGAGGAUACAGCUGCCGGGGCAGAAGGGACUAUGUCUUAACUGAGUGGAGUGUUAUCAUCACACUGACUGUAUCAUAUAAACCAAAGGCCAAACUGAGAGCUGAUAACACAGCUGUUCCAGUAGGGGGCAGUGUGACCCUGACCUGCUCUGUGAACCCAUCAUCAUCAUCUGGAUGGAAAUACUACUGGUACAGAGAUGAGAAAUCCUCUGAAGCCCUGACCACACAAGAUGCAGUUUUCCACUCAAAUGGACAAAUCAGUGUCUCACAGGAAGGACUCUACAGGUGCAGAGGAGGAAGAGGAAACCCAGUUUACUACACAGAGGACAGCCAGUCAGUCAGGAUUGGGAAAACUGUCUCAAACAGGCCUGUUGUGACUCUGUAUCCAAACUGGUCUGAGAUAUACAGAGGAGAGACGAUCACUGUCAGAUGUGAGAUCCAUGGAGGAGACACUGAGUGGGAUUAUGAGUGGGAAACAAACAGCGUGAUAAAAGCUCCAAAUCAAAAUGAAUACAGGAUUAGAUCUGCUUCAUCAUCCAACAGUGGAAACUAUCGCUAAGGCAGAAUGAAAAGUUCACAGCAUAAAACAACAGAGUGGAGUGAUUCAGUCACACUGACAGUUUCUGACAAUAAACCCCGUCCUGUCCUCACUGUGUCUCCAUCAUGGCUGAGUCCUGGAACCUCAGUAACUCUGAACUGUGAGGUUGAACAUCCGUCUGCAGGAUGGAGCUUCUACUGGUAUAAAGCUGUUCCUGAUCUAUCAGAGAAAUCCUCCAGUUAUGAGCUGCUACCUGAUGGCAGUGGGACUGCACAGGACUCCUACAUCAUUCAUGGACAGACACACACAGCAGGAUAUGUGUGCAGAGCUGGAAGAGGAGACCCAGAGUAUCACACUGAUCACAGUCAACAAAGUUUGUCUGGUCUGCAGGGUGACCACAGCACCUAUACAGUGUACUGGUGUGAGUCUGGAUCAGGAGAGUUCAGCAAUGCAGUCAACAUCACUGUGCAUAAUGGUCCUAUCCUGGUGAGUCCUGUUCAUCCUGUGACUGAGGGAGCUUCAGUUAGUCUGAGCUGCAGUUUGAGAACACAAAAAAUACUUUCCAAUGUGUUUUUCUAUCACAAUGACAAACUUAUUCAAAAUGAUACCCGAGGGGAGCUGAAGAUCUCUGCAGUGUCAAAGUCUGAUGAAGGUUUCUACAAGUGUCAGUACUCAGGAAGAGAGUCAGCACAGAGCUGGAUGUCAGUUAAAGUAACUGUGUCAGGAGCUGACAGCUCUUCAUCUCCUGUGUGGUUGAUGGUUGGACUGGUUUGUGGAGUCUCUCUCAUUAUUAUUCUCCUGCUCUUGUUGUAUCGCUGCAGACAGUCCAAGUAUUCCUGCUUCACCAGGUCGAUCCAGUCUGAGAGUCACAGUCCGGGCUCCUCCACAAAUCAUGGAGUCAACCAGAAUGAAACUCAUGAAUACAACUCUGUUCAUCCUGGUGAUGCUAACCUCUAUGAAUCCAUCACACAAGAGGAAGAAACUGGAACUGGUGCAGAUGAACCCCGAGACGUCACAUACUCUCUGAUUACACUUCAAAACUUUGGAAAGAAGAGGAAGCAUCAUAAACCAGAGCAGAGUGCUGUUUACUCUGAGGUGAAGACGGGAGCUGCAGAGGACAGUCUGAUGUAUGCUGAGGUCAAACAGCCCAAAAAAGAAAAAGCCAAGAAAAACAAAGGAAAAUCAAGUCCUGCAGCUGAUGCAGCAGUUUAUUCUGAAGUCACAUCAGGAAGCUCUCUCAGUAAUUCUGCUGCCAUGCAGGCUGAUUUAUUCUUCACAUUAUUAAAUGUCUUCAGCUCAUAAUAUCUUUACAUGUU